AUGGCGUCUGUUAAUAUUCCGCCGGACUUUUUGAGGGGCGAAUGUCCUAAGGCCUGCCUUCGCCGGUUGGACUUCACCCAGACGUCGCCGCCUAUCCCAUCCUUCAGAGAGCAUUUCGCCGUGACCGUGGAUGAUCUUCUUACUGCAGACGAAUGCCGGGAUUUGCUUCGUCUGGCGGAAGACUCGACAGUUCAGGCCAACAAAGAAUUGACCGCACCAACAUGGGACCGCGCAAUGGUCAACGCGGGCAAUGGACAACAGGCGAUGUCGAUCGACACGCGGAACUGCGGUCGCAUCCUGUGGGAUACUCCCGAGAUCGCCGACCGUCUUCUUCGUCGUCUGAGACCAUUCUUCACAGAAUGCAGAAUCGAAACGAUCCGCAAUCAACCACUCGUGACGGGUCGUGGACCAGCUAAGCGCGGGGAGACGUUCGAACUAUCGCGGCUCAAUGGCCGCAUCCGAUUCCUGCGAUACGAAGGGGGAGAGUAUUUCCGACCGCACUGGGAUGGAAACUACGUGACAGAGGAUGGGGGUGAGAUGUCUCUGUUUACAGUGCAUCUAUACCUGAAUGGAACAGGCGAACAAGACAUGGAAGAGUUGGAGAGACGAAUCGAGGAGUCGGAGCGGAAGAUGGGGUUGUUUGAGGAGGAUGGGGAGGUUGAUCUGGGCGCGAUUGCGUCGCAUGAUGACCACAACGACGGCCUCGAAGUCUCAUCGGCGGAUGGGAGCUCAGACGUCGCCAGCGCUGGCCGAGACGUGGGAGCCGGCCAUGAUCAAGAACCACUUCUUGGGGGCGCGACAUCGUUCACAGAUGGUUAUCGGAGCAAGGACACGGUUCGGGUGUUUCCGAAGAGAGGGUCGGCUCUCAUUUUCCAGCAGAGGAAUCUGUUCCACGGCGGGGACGACGUCUUUCGCGGCGUGAAGUAUACGGCGAGGACCGACGUGAUGUAUAGGAGAGAGACGCACGAGUAA